AUGUGUUUCUUAUUUGCUCUAGUAGUAUUUGUGUUCUCAGUGAUAGAUGUAGUUGCUGGCAGUGAAACACAAGAAUACAACUACAUAUUGCGAGAUACAAGUGACGUCACAAUGUUACCACUGGACGGUCAUCACGUGACCGAUGGAGUGCUGGACUGUGCUGUCACGUGCUCAAACUACGAGAACGACUGUUACAACUUUAUGUUUGAUGAGGCCAGUCGAGGGUGUUAUUUAGGUACCUGGUUCCUACCGAAGGCCUCCGUCAGCCCGUCAGUCCCACAAGCCCCGGCCGGGUCAAAGCUGUACACAAGGGGCAGAUACUGUGAGACCCAUGAGAUGGUCACCCCACUCAGCUAUGGCAGAAUGGGAUCUUGUAGCACGGCCGCUUGUCUCGAACAAAAUAAAGUAAGUAAAACGACAAAAGUUCUAAAAGACCCAGCUGUUUACGGAUCUUGUAUGGACGUGAAGAACUCCACCAACCCCAGACAACUUUUACAACUGUCGUCUGGUCUUGUCGUCAUGUGUGACACAGUGACAGAUGGAGGGGGCUGGACAAUUUUCCAACGUCGUGUCUCCGGUGUCGUGGACUUUUACCGCAACUGGGAGGAAUACAAACACGGGUUCGGAGACUUCGACGCUGGAGAAUUCUACCUCGGCAACGAAAACAUUUACUGUCUGACUUUCAACGGAACUUUCAAAUUAAGAAUUGACAUGACUUUCAAUGGUAGCAGGUAUUAUCUAUCAUACUCCAGUUUCAAAUUACAACCGGAACUUGAAUUUUAUAAAUUGCUAAUCAGUGGCUUCAGUGGAAACGCCAGCAACUGUCUAGGAGCUCACAAUGGAAGAAAUUUCAGCACGUAUGACAUGGACCAUGAUGAUGGUACCUCAAACUGUGCUGAGCUGUACCACGGCGCCUGGUGGUACUACAGUUGUCACGUGUCCAAUUUUAAUGGGCUCUUUGGUAGUCUGGAGUACAGCAAGGGAUUAACUUGUCGAACUUUGACCUCAACCUAUGUUGGUGUGGACAGUACUGAGAUGAAGUUUAAGGCGGUUUAG